AUGGUGGUGGCAAAAAAGAUGAAACAUUCCCUGGAGUUCAUCAUCUCCAGGCUCCAGCUUGUUGUGAGGAGUGGAGAGGAUGUGCUGGGCAAAGUGAAAUCGGUCAUCCUCGCCAACAGCCACCCAACGCUGAGGAACUCGGAGAUAGAAUACUAUGCUAUGCAGCCCAAAACUGGUGUCCAUCACUAUAGUGACGAUAAUAUUGAGUUGGGCACAGCACGUGGUAAAUACUUCAGAGUAUGCACACUGCCUAUCAUUGAUCCACAUGAUUCUGACAUUAUUAGAAGCAUGCCAAAGCAGACUGGUGAAAAGUAA